AUGACGAUUCGUUUCAGCGGUUCACUGUGCGACACCAUAGUGACGACGGUCGAUGGCCAGAAGUUCGACACCAGGGACCUCGACAAUGACCGAGGGAUGGCGAUGGUGGCCGACUGGUCUUUGCCAAUCUUCGAAAUCGCCGAAAAACACAAUAAGACGGUGCUCAGCCGGCUCACCUACACGGUUUUCAAGCAAGCGGAUUUGUUUCGAAUAUUCAAAUUAUCACCGAUUAAAUUUUUCAAUUUUUUCCACGCUUUAGAACGAGGGUACUGGGAUAUUCCUUAUCAUAACCGAGUUCACGCCGCAGACGUGCUGCACGGCUGCUACUACCUCACCUGCCAUCCGGUGCGUCCACUUAUUGGACCGACCACCUCUCCUGACUCUCUGCUGCCCCCACCGCUUACAUUGGCCGCUCCAAUCUCAGCUAGUAUGAGCACAUUAGAGUUGAUGGCCUUAUAUACGGCGGCCGCGAUGCAUGACUACGAUCAUCCGGGUCGGACGAACGCAUUUUUGGUCGCUGCUGAAGACAAGAAGGCGAUUCUCUACAAUGACCGAUCAGUACUAGAGAAUCACCACGCGGCUGAGAGCUGGCGGUUGUUGCAACUGACUGAAAACAACUUCAUCGAGACGCUCGACCCUGCUGAGACCAAGCGGUUCAGAUAUCUCGUAUUGGAAUAUAUCCUGGCCACAGAUCUCAAGCAGCAUUUCGAAAUAAUUAUGACAUUCAACGAGAAGAGCAGCGAAAUGGAAUUGCAAAAUGAGUCAGAUCGUCUUCUUAUGGCGAAGAUGGUGAUCAAAAUGGCUGACAUCAAUAGUCCCACAAAACCGUAUGCCCUUCAUCGGCAAUGGACUGAUCGAAUUUGCGAGGAGUUUUACGAGCAGGGAGACGAGGAACGAAGGCGUGGUAUGCCGAUCACUCCCUACAUGGACCGGGACGACGCCCAAGUAGCCAAGCUUCAGGACUCCUUUAUAGCUCAUGUCGUCAGCCCUCUUGCUUUGGCUAUGAAUGAGGCCGGGCUUCUGCCUAUCUUGCCGGGUUUGGUCGAGCCUGAGAUGAUCAUCAAUCUAAAGCAUAAUCAUCAGAAAUGGCUCCAGGAGAUCGACACCACGACAGCAGAGCAAGGGACCGGAAUGGGAAAUGGAGUUAUUGAGGAGGAAAGUUCCACGAGCGACAGUCCUGACAACCGAAAGUGUAGCCCAUCAUUAGAUUCGGAAGUCGAGGAACAGUUCGACAUGUGCACGAUUCAUGAACAUGACGAAGAAGAGUACUUGUAG